GCGUAAGUUUCGACAGACGACACUGACACUAACACCUGCAAGCCUGGGAAUGUUAGUUUUAUGAUUGUCAGUCCUUUCGACGUCAAUCGAGUUGUUAGUUUCAUUCAAAUUAAACAGUGAACAGUGAAAUCUAACACUCGUGUGUCUUCUGUCAGUGAGGAAGAAUUAGAAGACAACACGGACAUUUUACAAAAUUUCACGAAAUAAUACUGCUUUAGUUCAAAUAGCGUACUUUUACAGUGAAUUGGACAUUACAAAAUAUCAUGAUGAGAAUGACAAGGAGAGAAGAGGAACUAGCUGCACGGGAGCUGGCUCAUGUUCUUAAUAACACCCGCACCAUUUAUAACCCACUGCCAGGGUAUGACAAGAAUGUUUUCCAUGAACGUUAUCAAAUUGGACUGGACUGUGAUGAGGUUUAUCCCAACAUUUACAUUGGUGAUGCUUCAUCAGCCAAAAACAAGCAAUAUCUGAUGAAACUCGGCAUUAGUCAUGUAGUGAACACAGCAGAGGGCAAGUUGCUGGGGCAGGUUGACACGGAUCAAGACUUCUACAGAAAUACCACCAUCCAGUACCUUGGGUUCAGUAUCAUGGACCUGCCGGUGUCGAACAUUGGGCAGUACUUCGCUGAGGUUGCCGAUUUUAUGGAAAAGGCGAUAAAGGGUGGUGGUAAAGUGCUGGUUCACUGUUUAAUGGGUAUGUCAAGGUCUAGCACUUGUGUAUUGGCAUAUCUGAUGAUCAAGGAGGGCAUGACGGCUGCAGAGGCAAUAAAACAGGUUCGACAACAUCGUGAUAUCAGACCUAAUGAUGGAUUUCUUCUACAGUUGGUACAACUGGAUUACAAGUUGCAGGCCCAGAGAUUAGGCUACUCUCAAUAAUUUCAUCUUUUCAAGACUACUUAAAACAUGAUUGUUUUUUUUUUAAGUUUAAAACAAUGUUUUACCUGAUUUCAUGAUCUUGUUAUAAAAAUUAAGUAUUCUGUGAUCAUAAAUAUUAAUUUUUAACAAGGAAGCAGUUUUUUACAUUGUAGCAUAAUUAUUAUAGUAUUAAGUUUGCAUUGUAACAAUUCUAUUGGUUUUUAGCAUAUGUUAAUUAUAGCUCAACCAACGGAGUGGUUCAUUAUUUUACAAAUUGUUAAACAUGCGACCAUCAGUUGUUUAUUUCGAAGUGUAGUUUGUGAUUUGAAAAGACUAUUGUAACAUAGUAAUACAAAGUAUUGAUGUCUAAUAUUGAUUAAAAUGUUUAUCUCUAAUCAGUACAAUAAGACACUUUUGACAUGCUGUUGUUAGGCUAAUAAUUCUUUCAUCAGUCCCUGCAAAGUGCCUCUUACUAUUCAAAACAGUACAAACAUGAUUUUUUAGAAUUUGGUUUUCUCUUGAAUGGAAACAUCACACCUUAGUCGUCGCAAUGUUACUCAUGUAUCUUAGUAUAUUCUGUUUUCUUAAUUUUUAAAAAUUAAACAAUAAUUGAAUUUAAAUAUUACAGGGUAUUUAUAAUUAGUAAGUCAAACUACUGUUAAGAUAAAUUUUAUUUAGAUUAUAGCAGUUUAUACAUUUUAAAAUAAAUGAGAAGCUAUUUUACACAUUAAGACUGCAGGGUAAAAUUGGAACGAUAUUGCUAAGGUAAAAAAGAGCUUUUUAAAUUAAUUAAUUAGUAUUUUUUAUUUUACAAAUAAUACCCUUAUCUUUGUUCUUGUAACCCAUAAUAUUUAGUAAUGUUUAAGCGCCAUGGAAAUCUUUUUUUGUAGUUUUGACUGGUUUUACAAACAAAUCGCAAUAGUUCUAUAAGAUAUAUAAUUAGUUAUGAAACUUUACCUAUUGUUUUCAAUUCAUUAUACAAACAAAAAUUAUGUAAAUGAUUACCUUCAAAAGUAUUUUCGACAAACAGUGAUACUUUCAUUAUUUACAACUAUUUAGAUGAAAAAUAUUUACCUAUUGCUAUGGAAACAUGCUAUUUUACACUACUCUGACUACAGUUGUGAGUGUCCUUCUUGUGAUUGUUAAAAAGUAAACAACACCUGGCUGCAAUGAAAGAAAAAUUAAUAUUUUAAUACAGUAAUACCAACAGAAACAUUAUAUACAAGAUAGUUAAGAUUAAGAAGAAUUAACAGCCUGUACAGUGCUGGUAUCUAGCAGACACCAGUACAACUACGUUAUCAAAGUUUCAUGACUAGACCAAGGCCAGAUUAUAAUACAGGCUAGAGUGCUGAUCAGAACUAAUUAAAUUGACAUAAAUAUUUUGUAAAAACUUUAACGAGUUUGUUGCAGACAACUACUAAAAGAUUAUUCAUUCGUUUAUAAUCAAUCAGCCUGUAAUAAAUAUAUGAGGAGUAUAUACCUGGCUGGAUGGAUAGUGUGAUGUAGUGACUGGUGGAGGAGGGGGGGACAGCACUCCAGAUUGUAUUAUAGUCUGGCCUCACAGUCCGUAGACUGUAUCGUCAUGGCAUGAUUGUGAUACCACUACUUCUGGUGGUUAACACCUGUUACAGCAUGCUGAUGAGUUAAUAGACUUUAUAAGCCUAAGUAAUCAAAGAAAAUAUAUUAUAACUCCUAAUAAUUAAUUGUGCUUUACAAAUUAAUUUAAUUUUAAACUUGGAAUUCAUGUUAUAUUUGGUCAAAUGUAAGUUCCAAUAAAACUUAAUUUAGACCUCAAUAAUCUGAUUUUUAUUGUAUUUUAAAAUCUAUAUAGGGAUUUGCGCAACAACUUAUAUUGUUAUAAUUUUGUAAAGUUUAGGAAAACUUAAAUUGUAACACACAUAGCAUACAUUCUAAUUCACCUUCAAACAAAAUUUGUAUUUAAAUAAUUCAGAUUACUAUUUUAAACUCUAAAUUAUUGUUAUCAUAAAUAUUACAUAACAUUUAACUGUUGCAAUUUGGCAGAUUUUACCAAAUUUUAGAAUUUUGUACAUUAUUCUAGGAGAAUGAAAAAGCCCACACCAUCUUAUAUUUUAUUGUUACAUUUAAAUCACUUGUAAUAUAAACUGUGACAACAUAAAGCAACUAAUUGUUAUAACAUACUAAUAUUUCCUUUAAAAUGAAAUAAACUUUAAUGUAUUAUUAUAACUGUCACCUUAAUCAGUGGUGGAUCCAGUAAGUAGGAAAAGAGAACAGUGUUUUGUGAAGAAGGUUUCUUAGGGGAGAGAAUGUCCACCAGAAGAGAAGAGUUGUUAAUUUUCUGGGAAGGAUUACAGUAUUCACUUAACAGUUAAUUAAGGCUUUUUUAUAAUAAACUUGUAAUUACAAAUUUUGUAUUAAAUUUAUAUAAUAAUUUUAUUAUUAGUUCUAAUAAAAUAGAGACUGAAACAUUAAUAUUGUUAAUCAAUUUUCAAGUUCUCCCUAUUGCAUAAUUGUAUACAAAAUAAUCCUUUUACUUGUACUUAAUAUUUAUAUUUUCUGAAAGGUUGAAUUAUUUUUCUCAAAUUGCCUCAAGGAAAGGCAGGUACAAAAAAAUUAUACUUAUAUUAUAGAAAUUAUAGGUAUAAAGCAAAAAGAAUGUAAGUUUAAAUAAUUAAUUGAAAUGGGUGCACAGUGUGGGACUUAACUAUUAGUGGGCCAUUACCAUACUAAUUUUAGUAGUCAACACUAAGUUUUUUCCACAGCACAUUAAGUGAACUAGCCACAGUUAAAACUAACAUGCAUACAAUGAAUUAUUUCUAAUCAUGCAUUUUUUAAAAUUUUGUUAUGUGCCCUUGCAUUGACACAUUAUUUGGUAAGUUCUGGAGGAUUGCUCAAUAAAAGCGCACAGGACCUCUUAAUAUUUUAGUAAUUUAUUAUACACUGACUAAUUUUUUAAUUUGAUUGGAAUGAUUACAAAUUUAUUGAAUCAGUUUACUCCAUUUACCUUAUAUUGUUUUAUAUCUCAGAAAGAGAAUUCUAAGUUUUUUGUUUGUUUCAAUAUUAGAUGAGUCAUAUAUCGAGACAUAAACUAGUCAUGAUAGUUUAUACUCUAGAUGUAUGAUGGCUAGGUAAGUAGCCCUACACUGCUUGUACCGAACAUUUAAAAUUAUCUUAUUUGAAUCAUAUGGGUUCUUGUAAUAAACAAAAACUAGAAAGACGUUUUUGUGAAAAUUUGGCAGACCUCAUGAAUUAGAUUAGCACCUAGCCAAUGAACACUCACUCCAGAUAUCUCAAAAACAUUGCCAUUUUUUAGUUUUAAUAUGUGAUGACCAAGACUCGAAAGGUCAAAUAUUUCUGAACAGUACAAUAUACCAAAUAAUUAUUUUAUCAUUCAUAAACUUACUUCUGAAUAAACUACACAACACAGAUAGAAUAACAUUUUCUACAAAGGAAAACUCCCUUAGCACCUCUCUGGAUCCACUACUGUUAUGCAUAAAUGUUAAAGCAAUAGAGAUAUACCUGAGGAGUUUAUUUGACAAUGUUUAUUAUUCUAUAGAAGUGUACUUAAGAAUUGUUGGUUAUACAUCGAAAUGUGAUGCCUUUAUUGUUAUUCUAUCUAGUACAGGGUCUUCCAGUUCUAAUACAAAUUACUUUCAAAUAAUCAAUGUACAGGUUGUCCCAUGAAGAAGUAUAUGCGUGUUAGAUUUUCUAUUGCUAGCUAAUUUCUUUACCAAACUUGAACAAACACUUUUAAUGGGAGUAUCAUGGAUGUCCUUUAAACUCCUGCAAGUUCUGAAUAUUGGAAAUCCAUGAUGUUUGAUGAGGCAAACAAGAUGGCUGAAAGAAAAGAAAUAUAAGGAAAACAAUUUCUAUUUUGUGUACAAAACUUACGGUAUAUAACUGAAUGUUUGGCAUUCUACUACUUGUGUUACUCUGGAUAAGUUUCAGUUUUGUUUGUAUGAUUUAAUUUUCAUCAAUAUUUACUUUCCUUUUAAAUUAGUCUGUAUUUAAUCAGAAUAUUGUGACAUUAAAAGUUUAUUUUUAAACCUUAAUCAAAGCAGUACUGUACUCAACUAUAUUUCUUUUGUCCACUCUUUUGUUUCAGUAAGGAUCAGUUUGUUACAAUUUUUUCACAGAACAUUUCCUUAUGUUAUAUUAAGAGUUGUGUGGGGUUUCAGAAUGAUUAGUGGAGGAAUUAGUGAGCAUUAGAAUAUUAAAAUAUGUUUUUAUCCAUUUGUGUGACAUCCUGCAGAUCAACAUUAAUAUCUAAUACAUUUAAAACAAAGAUAAAAUAUUAUGUUUAAUGAAUAUUUUAAGUAGCUAAAACACAGCUCAUUGUUCAACAGUGAUUCUGCUGUGUUUCUCAUAGAUUCUUAGAUUGAUCAUAGAUAGAUAUUAAAAAAAUAACUAAUCGUUUAUGAACUAUUAUUUAAUAAGCAAUUCUAUUCAGAAAUACAAUUCUUGUACGGUUUUUGUAAGAAAAGAGUGAUGGUAAUGUUGAAAAUCCGUAUUAAGGUGAUAAGUUUAGUAGUAAAGUGAUUAUGACUGAAUACUGUUCUUAUUACUUGUUACAAGUAACUUUUAUUAUUGAUUUAUAAGUAUUAACUACUUAAUGAUACUAAUUACUACUUAAUGUUACUGAUUGCUGUGUUACUUGACUGACAGUUUUGUUAAUGGAUCAGUUUGAAACUCAUAUGUUGAAUACUAUUUUAUUCCUAAGUUUUGGUAAAAUAAAUGCUGCUUGUAAAACUAGUCAUUGUAAAAUAAUGUUACCUAUUUUAUAGUGAUAAUAAAUCGUGAAAAAAAGUUAUUAUAUUAAUAUUAUUGAGAUUCUCAUAACCAUCAUUAUGUAUAACCAAUUAAAAAAAUAUUGCUGCAUAUAAUUGGUGGUGGCCUGAAUUUGUACAAAUCAGGAGAAACUUGAUUAUUCAACCAGAAAUAGUAUAUUGAAUUACACAACAGUGGAAAAAGAGUGAUAAAUCUCCCACUUAUAGUUGAAUUAUCAUCUUAUGUAAACAACUUGGACACAUUUCUUCUUAACAAAUGGAAACAGUCAUUCGUGAUUUCAAUAACUUGCAACCCUUUUAGCUAUUAAAAGUUUUAAACUAUGACUUGUACAUUUUUUAAUCUGCAUAACUUGAUGUAAAUGUUUUGGUUUGUUAACAAGGUUUUUUUAAAUGUGACCUUCAAUUUUAUUCACAAUGUUCGAGAAGAAAGUUGGAUAGUUUAAUAAUAUAUUUAGUGGUUCCACUUUAAAUUGUAUUAAAAUUAAUGCUAUACAAUUUCGAUCAUCAAGCCACCACUGGUAUAUAUUUCAACGAAAUAUUCUGACUUAUUUAUUGUAAUGUAAUUUAUACUUUCUAUAGCAUGUGUGUUAGUUUACAAUGUAUUCUCCAUUUUGCAUUAUCAAUAUUUGGUAUGCCUUUUUAAAUUUAUGUGUAGUGAUGAAUAUAAAAUGGUAUAAAUAAAAUAAAAACUUUCAAGGUUAAUUUAAUUAGUCUUUACAUCAACACAGUAUGGUUUUAGUAAAUAACAUCCACUCAAAAUAGUUUUAAAUUUAAUAAACAUUUUAACAUCAUAUAUGACUGAUUUAUAAUAUACACUAUUGCCAGUUCAAGGCAGUGUUAAGAAUUGCACCCUUCAGAUUGUAAUCUAUUCUUCCAUCACUAAAGUUGGGACCAAAAGAACACUUCUGACACAAGCUAUUUCAUAUUCUCUGCCAUAGAUUUCAUAACUAAAAUAUGUUACUAGCUUCUAUACAAUAUUUAAAGGUGCUUUUACGGUUCUAUAAAGUAUCAAGCUUUGUUAUAAGAUUUGAAAUAUACUACUGUUAUUUCUCUAACAAUUUGUGUGAUAUACAUUUUAUAGUUUUGUUGAUUUGUUAUUAUUUAAUAUACAACAUUCAAUUGAAAUGUUACAGGUGCUACAAUAUUUGUUUUCACUUUACUUAUAAUGUAUGAACUAUGUUUUAAACCUUAACAAAUGUUAACCUAUGUAACUUCAGCAAGGUGCCCAUAAGAUAGGUUUUAUCUUCAUUUUAUAUGACAUAUUUUUUAUAGUUUUUAAUACCCUAGUUCUUUGUGCUCCUCUCUCCUUUAGAAACAAAUGUAUCCUAAUUAGUCUCGUACUUAGUAGUAGUUCUAUUCUUUUUCAAAUAAAAAUGGCACCAAAUUAAGUGACUAAAGUAUACUUUUUUGAAUUAAAUGAUUUAUUUUGUUGGAUGAAAUACAGUCAAACUGUAACAGCAUUCAAAAAUAGAGUAUGUUCUGACUUUUAGGAAACGUUUUGUUCAAAUUAUGUUAUUAAAUAACAACAUUUAUCGAAGCAUGAUAAGUCUUUUAUCAAUUUUUGUGUGUGUAAAACACCAAUCAUAUUUUAUUUUACAAUGUUUAAUAAUAAACAUUCCACCAAUAAAGACAGUUAUAUUUUUCAGUGAAUUGUAGUACCAGUCUUAAUUUUCUGUUAUUUGUUUACUGUAUGUGAAUUAGUAAAAAGUAAUAUCAUCAUCAUAUAUAAUGCAUAUCUUGUCAGAAUAUUAGCUACUCAAUAGAAGUUUUAGUAUUUAUGUAUAGAACUUACAGUAAUAUCACAAAUAUGUAUAAAAGUAGAUGGCACAGAAAUAAUUUAUCUGGUAUCAUACCGAUAUGGUUAAGACUCAAUAUCAAUAAUAACAUACUUUAUUAUACACUAGAGCACUAAUGUGUUAUAUGGUAGUUAAGUUAUUCCAAAGAGUCUGAGUAGAAAUUCUGUUUUCUACAGUAAUGUAAUUUAUAUACAUAUAACGUUGUUGAAUGAAUUGUUAAUGUUAAAUGACCAAAUGUCACAUAUUAUAUUUAAAUACACAAUAACAAACUA